GUUGGGCCCAUGAAGUGAACUGGGCGGCGGGAGACCUUGACUGAGGUGUCAUUUCAAAGCUGAAAAGACUGAGCAUUUCUGAGAAUACAGCUUUGGAGCCCGACACACUUGGAAAUUCUCCUCUCCGGGCCUCAGUUUUAUUGGUGUGAGGUGGGCUUGAGUCACAGGCACUUCAAAGGGGAUUGGAUGAUAUCACACAUGCACAGCGCUCAUACACCGUAGGUGCCCACUACAACUCACCUAGCAAGACAGAUUCCUCCACAGUUUGUUAAAUUGCUUUCCUAUCCUUCCUACUCUUCGUUUAAUUUAACGAUAGUCACUUGCCGGGUGCCCCUUGUGAGUUUAGCCCAGGACUAUGCUUCCGUAGCUUACCAUUGCCAUCCAUUUGUUUCACAAGUAGGAAAACUGAGGCCCAGAGAGGGGAAGGGAUUUUUUUGGGGGGUUUGUUUGUUGAGACAGAAUCUCGCCCUGUCGCCCAGGCUGGAGUGCAAUGGCGCGAUCUCUGCUCACUGCAACCUCCACCUCCCCGGUUUAAGCGAUUCUUGCCUCCGAAGUAGUUGGGAUUACAGGCGCGUGCCACCACGCCCGGCUAAGUAGAGACAGGGUUUCGUCUUGUUGGCCAAGCUGGUCUAGAACUCCUGGCCUCGUGUGAUCCGCCCACCCGGUCUCCCAAAGUGCUGAGAUUACAGACGUGAGCCUUCCAAGUCUUUUGAAUUCACUGCUGCAGCUCAAGCAGAGUCAGUACUGGGCCAGUGCUAGGCAGGACCCAGGUCUCCAGACUCCCAAGAGGAGUUAAUUCUGGGCGUGGGAACCGGUCCAGGGAGGGUACUGGUCUCAGGCAAGUGCAGGCCCUGACCUUGAAACACCUAAGUGGAGAGCGGGGCGGCCAUCACACCCAAGACCCCACAGUGAGGGGACGCAGAUACACCACAGCCUAGACGCUGAUUCCUCGGAAGACCCUCUGCAGUUGUUGCAAGUUAGGGAACGGAUAUCUUGGCUACCCCGUUAGACAGAGAUUGGAAGGGGUUAGUUACAGAGGGGCCGUUUUUGGCUCUGGGUGGAGACGUCUGACUGUGAUGGGGAUCGUGACGGACGGCAUCGAGAUGCCCACAGUCGGAAAGGAAGGUUCUGUUGCGGCUUGGAAGGAGGUAUCCGUCCUGGAGGCCGGGUUCUGAGCUUGUUCCGCCUCCCUCUCCCGGGAAUGGCGCUAUCCGGGUCGACCCCGUCCCCGUGCUGGGAGGAGGAUGAGUGCCUGGACUACUACGGGAUGCUGUCGCUUCACCGUAUGUUCGAGGUGGUGGGCGGGCAACUGACCGAGUGCGAGCUGGAGCUCCUGGCUUUUCUGCUGGACGAGGUCCCUGGCGCCGCCGGCGGGUUAGCCCGGGCCCGCAGCGGCCUAGAGCUCCUGCUGGAGCUGGAGCGUCGCGGGCAGUGCGACGAGAGCAACCUGCGGCUGCUGGGGCAACUCCUGCGCGUGCUGGCCCGCCACGACCUGCUGCCGCACCUGGCGCGCAAGCGGCGCCGGCCAGUGUCUCCAGAACGCUAUAGCUAUGGCACCUCCAGCUCUUCAAAGAGGACAGAGGGUAGCUGCCGUCGCCGUCGACAGUCAAGCAGUUCUGCAAAUUCUCAGCAGGGUCAAUGGGAGACAGGCUCCCCCCCAACCAAGCGGCAGCGGCGGAGUCGGGGUCGGCCUAGUGGUGGUGCCAGACGGCGGCGGAGAGGGGCCCCAGCAGCACCCCAGCAGCAGCCAGAGCCUGCCAGACCUUCCUCCGAAGGCAAAGUGACCUGUGACAUCCGGCUUCGGGUUCGAGCUGAGUACUGCGAGCAUGGGCCAGCCUUGGAGCAGGGUGUGGCAUCCCGGCGGCCCCAGGCGCUGGCGCGGCAGCUGGACGUGUUUGGGCAGGCCACCGCAGUGCUGCGUUCAAGGGACCUGGGCUCCGUGGUGUGUGACAUCAAGUUCUCAGAGCUCUCCUAUCUGGACGCCUUCUGGGGUGACUACCUGAGUGGUGCCCUGCUGCAGGCCCUGCGGGGCGUGUUCCUGACUGAGGCCCUGAGAGAGGCUGUAGGCCGGGAGGCUGUCCGCCUACUGGUCAGUGUGGAUGAAGCUGACUAUGAGGCUGGCCGGCGCCGCCUGUUGCUGAUGGAGGAGGAGGGGGGCCGGCGCCCAACAGAGGCCUCCUGAUCCAGGAUUGGCAGGACUGAUCCCACCUCUGAGUCUCCAGGCUACUUUUUCCUGGGAGGACGACCAUCUCUACCCCUAGAGGACUGUCACUCCGGCAUCUUCGAGGACUGUGACAGGACCAGGACAGCAGGCCCCUUGACAGCCCCUUCCACAGGAUGUGGGCUCUGAGGCCUAAACCAUUUCUAGCUGAGUUUCCUUCCCAAACUCCUCCUACCCCCGGGUAUGCUCCCUUAGCCUCUGGAGGCAGGGACUGGGCCUGGGCCUGUAUCUCUAAAGCGAGGGGGCACAGCCACACAUUCACCAAAGGCCCCUGCACAUUUCGUCUCUGGUCUUGGAUUGUCUGCACACUCACAGGUGCAUAUACUCACUCAUGCCCACACUGCCCCCUCUGAGGUCUUCCCUGGGCCCCUGCCCUGCUCCCCAGCACAUACUUCUUUGGCCUAAGGGCUUCUCUCUCAGGACCUCUAAUUUGACCACACCCUGGGCUUCAGCCACACUAGUGGGUACUGGAGCUGGGGUGCACAUGGGGCCUGCUCACCUUGCCCACACAUCUCCAGCCAGCCAGGGCCCUGCCUAGCUUCUAUAUACAGACCUGACUGUCCUCACCUUCCCCUUGCUGCCCAGAGCUGGACACAGACUUACACUUGGACUCUCACCCGGAGCGUCACAUGGGAGUGUUGUGGCAGACCAAGGCCUACUGUUGCACAUGGGGCCAAGAUCAGAAAACGGCUGCUGCCUUGAGAAGGGAAUGCAAAGGCUUUGGGGGUGAUGGAAAAGACCUUUUACAAAUGGUACCAAUUAAACUGCCCUGGAAGGGGCAUAGGUGGGCA